UUGUUUUUUAAGAGUAAAUCUGUUGUUUUUAAAUGGCAACUAAUUAUAGAGACCUAAGGGCUAGUUAACCAGCUUUAUAAGACCCCACCUUUUCUCUCUUUGUCCCAGGGCUUCACCGCCUCCUACCUCAGCCCCCGGGAGGUUUCCAUGGUAAUGGGCUUGGGUCUCCGCCUCCGAGCCCACCUGAGGGCCCUCCCUGGCGCCUGCGUGGUUGUUGAGGAAGGAGAGCCCCCGGCGAGGCUGAUCCCCGGCUUAGGUCAAAGCAUUCCUCAGGACCGAGCUCAGCGAUGAGCCCCCAGUCUCCCCGGACAUCCUGGUUCCUGCUUCUCCUAAGAACUUCUGGGCAAAGUGUAAUUCUCAUCUGGGAUACCCUUCUUUCUAGAUUCCCAUUUUCGCUUCAGGAAAUCCAUGUUUUCCUUUAGGUGUUCUAGCAACGGCUGUGAAUUAAAGCCAUGCUGACAUCGUCCCCCCCCCCUAGCGUGUUAGGAGCUAUGGACCGCAGAAGCAUGGAGCGCCUCUCUUGCAGUGUGAUUUUGAUCUUGGCCAUUUCCAAAGCGUUUGAACCGGAAUUCGCCGCCGCAGCCGGGUUGGGCCACCCCCGUGAACUUGCACGUCCCCCUCAGGGAGACCCCGCCUGGAGAGAUAACGGCCUUGGGUCCCUGGAGGAGCCUGCAAUUCGCCAUCGAUCCUUGCAGUUGGUGCCGUCCCUAGGAAUCCAGGACAGUAAGGAGCUGAACAGAACUUGCUGUCUGAACGGGGGAACCUGCAUGCUGGGGUCCUUCUGUGCCUGCCCCCCCUCCUUCUAUGGCCGGAACUGUGAGCACGAUUCGCGCAAAGAGAACUGUGAGUCUGUACCCCAUGGCGCCUGGCUGCCCAGGCGAUGUUCCAUUUGUAAGUGCUGGCACGGCCGGCUUCACUGCUUUCCUCAGACAUUUCUACCCGGGUGUGAUGGCCACGUGAUGGAUGAGCACUUCCUGGUUUCCAGGACUCCAGAAUUAGCACCGUCUUCAGGCAUCACUUUCUCUCUAGCUGGCAUCUGCCUUGCUAUGCAAAGUUACCGUUAACAGGCACCAGCAUAUGGGGUAUUUCCAUGCAAACCCCAUAACCUGUAAAGGCCGUCACCCUAAUGUCCUAACUGGAAGAUGAUCAUUUGUUAGUUGCCUUGAAACAGCGGAUGGAUUUUCAUCACAGUCCGUAACACUUUCUUAAAGUCCCAACUACUUUCCUCUGCCUUCUCCUCUCCAAAAAACUUUUGUAAAAAAAAAAAAAGUCAGCCAUAUCUACACUGUGACCAAGUUCUGUUUCUUGAUACAUGUUUCUUUACCAAGGGCUUCCUGUUUCCUUUAAACAAUUGAAUUCUAUCUUCAGAUUAUUAAAAGCUACUCCUAAUGUGGAACUGGGGCUAAACUGAGGAGUAGAGUUGACCAAAAUCAACCAAGAUCUCACCUUUAGGGGCGCCUGGGUGGUUCAGUCGGUUAAGCGUCUGACUUUGGCUCAGGUCAUGAUCUCACAAUUCAUGGGCUCAAGCCCCGCGUCGGGCUCUGUCCUGACAGCUCAGAGCCUGGAGCCUGCUUCCGAUUCUGUGUCUCCUUCUCUCUCUGCCCCUCCCCUGCUUGCGCUCUGUCUCUCUCUCUCAAAAGUAGAUAAACAUUAAAAGAAGAAGAAGAAAUUAUGUUUUCUCCACACCUUGCAAGUAUUCUAACUGUUGCAAAAAGAAAAUGUCCACAAUACAUGUAUUUCUUUGUAAA